AUGGACCGCGUGGGAAAGAUCAUCUUUUAUGAAGACAGGAACUUCCAAGGUCGCUCCUAUGAGUGCAGCAGUGACUGUCUUGAGCUUAACACCCAUGUCAGUCACUGCAACUCUGUGCGAGUGGAGAGUGGCUGCUGGGUGCUGUACGAGAGGCCCAACUACAUGGGCUCCCAGUACAUCCUGAACAGGGGAGAGUACCCCGACUACCAGCGUUGGAUGGGCUACAAUGACAGCGUCAGGUCCUGCAGGCUCAUCCGAAACACAACUGGUUUGUUCAGGCUGCGUGUGUAUGAGCGCCCUGACUUCAGUGGCCAGAUGCUGGAGUGCACUGAGGAUGUGGCCAACCUGCCCGAGCGCUGGCGCCUCCGUGAGGUCCACUCUGUCCAGGUGCUGGAUGGUGCCUGGGUCCUCUAUGAGCAUCCCAACUUCCGUGGACACCAGUACCUCCUGGAGAAAGGAGAGUACCGCCGCUUCACUGAGUGGGGAGCCAUGCACCCCAAUGUGGGGUCUUUCCGCCAUAUCCAGGACUGUUAG